UAUACGUGUAUAUAUCAAACGUCACCAAUUUUUUUAUAUAUUACUAUGAGUAAAGAACCAAGUAAGCACUUUAACAAACCACAAACAAAUUUAAAAUACAACAUAUUAAUAAUCAAAAGGAAAUUAAAGGUACAAAAUACAAAUCAUCAAACGGGGGUAUGCGUAAUUAAACAAACAAAAACACACCACAAUGAAACAACUAAUUACAACAAUCUUAUAAUAAAAUAUACAUCAUCAAUCACAUGAAGUGAUGAUAGUUCAAGGACUCGAAGUAGUUGCAGAAGGCGGGGGAGAGAAGAACGGAAUGGAUGGGAGACUAGUCGGCAGAGAGGGAAUGGAUGGGAGAUUAGUUGGAAGAGAAGGAAUGGAUGGAAUAUUAGUCGGAAGAGAAGGAAUUGUUGUUGGAAAUGAAGGCAAAGUUGGCAUUGGAGGCAUUGCCGUGGGAAUGGUGGGAAGAUUUGGUUGUGGCAAAGCUGAUGGCAUUGGAAAUGGAGACAUUGCAGUGGGCAUUGUGGGGAGAGUUGGUAAAGACGGUUGUGGCAACGUCGAUGGCAAUGGAGGUAGUCCCAUUGUUGGAAUAGGCAGAUUUGGGAUUUGAGGAAGAGGUUGUUGUUGGAGAAGGCGGCGUGAGGCUGAGCAAGUGUUGAUCAUCAUAGAGGAAGAGAGGCACACUAGAAAAGCAAUGCGGAAGAGCUUGUAUGAUGCCAUUUUGCUUUGGUUGUGAAUCUCUAAUUAUGGUUAAGCCUUUCUAAUUGCUUCUCUUGUAUUGCUUGCUUUGUGUUGAUGAGAAAUUCAAAGAUAUGCGAUUGAGUUUAUAUAGCGGCAAGAGUCUCUAUGGAUAACAAAG